GUAUGGGAAAGAGUCACACCCGGCAUAUACAUGAAAACCUAAAGUAAUCAGACCAGCACACUUAUACAUGGUACCCACCAGGAUUUUUUUUAAAUGUAUUUUUCGAGUGUCGAUCAACAGUGAAUCGCUGUCCGUUCCAUACGAAGAAUUAAGUGAAUGCAUUCUAAAUUAAAAUAUGUGCCGUAGCGCCAUACGUUUAGACAGCUGGUCAUAGGCAUUGCUUGUUCAAUCUAUCCUCCUCUGUGGUUUCGGUGAAUUGGCUGAAGCUGUAUCAGGUGCAACCAUGGAAAGAUCAACAUUUCUCAAGUUUUUCUUCUUACUUCUGACAGGCAUGGCCAUUGGAGAAACCAUGGACAGGAUACUGGGAACAUUGGGAGACAGUGCUUUGCUGCCAUGUAACACCACUGCAGGCAAUGGGAUGAUACAGUGGCUUAAGGAUGGGAAACUUGUUGCAAGCCAGCAUUCAGCAACACUUGGCCCCUCUGAGAGUGAACGCUUUUCCGUAUCGGACCAAGGAGGAUUGAUCAUUCAUGGACUGUUAUUUUCCGAUGAGGGAAUCUACCUCUGUGGUAGCUCACUGCUGGACAGUACUGUAGUAAAACAAAACAUUGAACUACAGGUUGUCAGUGGUCCGGCUAAUCUUACAGCAGAAAUCAAGCCUGCAGCUGUCCUCCCCAAUGGCACACUCUUUGUCCAGAAUGGUUCCACUGUUUUAUUUAAGUGUUCAAGCAAGUCACAUCCAUCCCAAAGUCUGUCUUGGAGUUUUGAAAGCUUGGCAUCAGACAAUACCACUCUGGCCUCUGGCAAUGGAUCCUCACUGGAGUUCACGAUCUCCAAAAUCCAGCCCAGCUAUCAGGGAACUCACAGUUGCAUAGCCCAAAAUACACUUUCAAGUACUACAGCUAGCCAGAGCACACAACUGCUUGUAUACUAUGCUCCUGACAGACACCCAGACUGCCAGUGUACCACAGGAAAUGACUCUUCCCUCCUCCUCUUGAACUGUAGCUGGGAUGGAACCUACCCUUUACCCACAUUGCAUUGGAAGGAGGAACUGGAUACCCAGGGACUGCCCGUACUCAAUAUCUCCGAGAACAAUAACACAUUGGUGGUGAACUUAAGCAGGCCACAACUUCAUGAAGGACAAACCUUUAAGUGCACAGGGUACCAUCCAAUGUCUGCCCCAAAGGAGAAGUCCUGUGCGGUCACUCUGAGGGCUCCAUAUCCUCAAGGACGUGCAAUGAGGACUGCAUUUGAAGGGAGCAAUGUCACUUUGACCUGUAUGGAGGUCAGUUCACUCCCACUGGCUAAAACCACCUGGCGAAAAACAAUCAGACAAGAGGAAAUCAUCCCCAGCUCCAAGUACAUCAUCUCUGAACUUGGCCCCACAUUCAGUCUCACAAUCAUGAACAUCUCCAAACAGGAUGAGGGCGUUUACUUCUGCAGGAGUGAGAACCCCCUUUUGGUGCGAGAGCUCGAGGUCUUCCUGACCGUGAAAUCUUCUGCAACAUACGCUGGUGGAAUUGUCGGAACAUUCAUAGCUGUUUUAAUAAUUGGGGUGGGAAUUACUGUUGGUAUAUCAGCAUACCGCAACCGUGACAGAAUUUGCCUUGGUAAUGUCUUUGGACAAACGCACGAGAGACAGAAUGACAUACUCAACCUGGUUGACUCAGAUGAGGAUGAGAUCUUCGAAGAACCCGUCUCCAGGAUAACCACUACGGCAAAUGGACACACCACAUCGCUUGUACAGAUUCACCGCAUUCCAUCCAGUGACCAUGAAGAUCUAGGUAACACUGACACAGAAGCAGAAGAGAGAACACAGGCACCUGAAGAGGGGCUGGUCCCUUUGUAGAUUCCUGGAUUUUUUUUUAAGAACAAUGUGAUUAUUUUAAAGUUGUAAUACACAGUAGUGUUUACUCCCUAUAAAAAUGUGAGCUGAGCCUGAACAUUGUGCUUGAUUGAUCUUACGAUUAUGUAAAUGUGUAUUGUACAGGUUGUGUUUUUUUUUUUAAUCAAGCGCACUUUUGUGGGUGUUUUCAGGGUAACUUGUUACAGUUUUGCAGUAGGAAUGUAUCUUUUGGGCACAUUUGUAUCAAAGAAAUAUUAAGUCUAUUAUAAAAAUGUCUGAAUGUCUUUUUGAACCUCAUUUUGAAAUAACAGAUACAUUCAGCAGAUGUGUUUGGGUAUUAAUUAUUGAAUAGCUUCUUUAGUGACAAUAUUAAAAAGAAUGCAAAUAUUUUGUUGAGCAUUACUACAUUUUUUCAGUAUUGCCAUCAUCAUCAUAAUCAAUUAAGUCUACAAGUAACUGGCAAAAUAAUGGAAUCACCAACAAAGUGUCUUAAUAGGGUGCUGGGCCACCACAAGCUGCCAGAAAAGCUUUAGUGCAGCUUUGCAUAGAUUGUACAAGUGCUUGAACUGUGUUGGUGGGAUGUGACAGUAUUUUUCCAUGAAAAAUUCCAUCAUUUGGUGUUUUUUUGAUAGUGGUGGAAGACCCUGCCUCAGACGCUGCUCUAGAAUCUCCCUUGAACUGUUCAACUGGGUUGAGAUCUGGGGAUUGAGAUGGCCACGGCAGAUGGUUUACAUGAUUUUCAUGUCCAUCGUACCAUUCAGUAACCACUUGUACCCUGUGGAUGGGGGCAUUGUCAUCCUGGAAGAGACCACUCCCAUCAGGAUAGAAGUACUUCACCAUUGGAUGAAAGUGAUCUUUGGAAAUUGAUUUAUUGCCGUUUAUCUUGCCAUCUAAGGGUUUGAAUAGACUUAUACCAUUUCAGGAGAAUGCACUCAACCCCAUAUCAGAGCCACCAGAACCCUCCAUCAUGACAGACAAGCACUUGGGCCUGUACGUUUCGGCAUGUGCCACACAUGCACUCAUUUGCUUGUCGAGAACAGGGUGAAAGGUGACUCAUCUGGCAGUGACUUUUUCCGCUGAUUCAGCUUAUGCCUGACCAUUGCCUGUGUUCUUUGCACCACUUUACAAAUAAACAUGUAUUUUUGGGUGUAA